AUGCAUUAAAUACCAGAUAAUUGUUAUGAUGAAGUAAUAAUCAAUAAUACUAGAGUUAUAGCUAGCUGUCUUAGCUUUACAAAAACAUAGAAAUGAACGAACACCUGUUGAAGUGUUUUAUAUGACCAAAUAUUUUAGAUAGUUCCAAUGUUUCUAAGGGUAUAACGAUGAAAUUAUAAGAAAUUGUUGUAGUGUAAUUAUAAAUACUUUUUCAUUAGAAAAUGAGAUAUGAAGUAUUACAUCCAAAUCAAUUGAUCUAUAAGAGAUUUGACUAAAUUACAGAGGAUUAAAAAAAGUUCUAUAUCAUUUUGUAAGGAGAACUAGGAGUCUAUCUCUCUAUUGGUUUACUUCCAGAAAAUAUCAAAGAUGUAGAAUUUGUGGAAGUAUCAACAAUUAAAAUGUAUCAACAUUUUGGACAUCAACUUUUUUGUAUGACAAAAGAAGACAUCUUUGAAUAGUAAUCUAUAAUUAUAAAUAGAUAUGGUUUAAUUAUCAAGGCUAAGAAACAGACUUACGUUGCUUCACUUAACUUUCAAUAUUUUCAUGCUUAUCUAUUCUAGUCAGAGUAACGUAAGAUCAGUUAUGAAAUUAGUAGAUUGUAUGAUUUCUGCUUAUUUAAGGAAAUUUAGUAUAAGGAAUUGAAAGUAUUAUUCUAUUUCACUAAGGAAAUUCUAUAUCAAUUCUUAUUAACAAUCACAUAGUUAUAAGGAUAAAGUAUGUACUUAAGGAGAUCCAGCUAAUUGUGUUUACUUUAUCCUUCGAGGGUAAUAUUCUAUUGUUAGACGAACCAAUGAACAAGAAAAUUAAACUCUAGGAAUCAUUUCCGAAGGAGAAAUCAUUGGAGAAUAUGAAAUUCUAAAUAAUAUUGAUACAAAAUCUUUCUCUUUAUUUUGCUAAUCAGAAAAAGGAGAUAUUCUUAUUUGUGAUUCUCAAUUAUUUCUAAAUUAUGUCUUUUAAUUGAUUAGAGACAAUCUAGAAUAAACUAUUGAAGCUAAAUAUAAUUUCCAUCAAAUGGAUAAAACAUCUAUUAAAUUUGAAUUGAAUAAAUUGAAUUAAAAUAUUCAUAGAAGAUAAUCUAUUGAAGAUGUUUGCAAAUAAAAUAAAUAUCAUUACUUAAUGAGACCAGUUUAAAGGAAACUUCAUUAAUCUAAUAGUGAAUAUUAUGGAAAAUAAUCAUAUUAUCAACUAUUUGUCAAUAUCUAUAAUAUAGCUAGCCAAUAAACAUAGUAAUUAUUUUUAUAUUCUUAUAGACUAGCAAAUGAUGAAAGAAAAAGAAGAAUCACUCAUUAUGUCAAAAACACUCUCAAACCUAUGUAAUAAAAAUUAAAGUAAGCUUUAAAUUUUUCCACCAAUAAAACUGAUGAAUCUAUCACCAAAAAUAAUUAAGGAUUCCCUCUCCAUAAUGAAAUGCUCAUCUAAGCACUCAAAAGAAAUAAUGAAUCAAGACUUAGAAAGACAUUUCAUAAAACCUAAAGCUUAGCUUCUAUCAGUCCAUCCAAAAAAUAAAGUAGAGCAGACAUAAUUGAUUUGGGUGAACAUUUAAUAAUAAAGAAAUAAUAUAAAUCAAGUGAUAAACUUAUAUAAAAUAAUUAAUGA